AUGUCCUGUGACAGCGCUGCUGCUCAGCAGCAGUGUUCUGAAGUUAGUACGGUCAUGGCGGACAUGUCUCAGGUAAUCAGCGACGAUGCCUUGAUAUACAUUCGAAUCUCUCUAAACAUUGUCGCUCGUUUUAUUAUCUCAAUUGCUGGCAUUGUCACCAACAUCAUCAACAUGAUCAUCUUUGUAAAACUGGGCCUCAAAGACAGCAUGAGUGUUGGUCUCUUUUCACUCUCUUUGACUGAUGUUCUAGUUACGGGUGUCCAGCUUGCAAGCUGCCUCUGUUUCGUUACUGGCUUUGUGUGUAUGAACAUUGGUAUUGACCGAUAUUUAGGGUGGGCUAUAAGCUUUGUCUACGAGAUCUCUUGCUGGAUAACAGCUAUGAUAUCUAUAGAGAGAUGUUACUGUGUGGUUUCUCCGUUUACAGUCAAGCAGGUCUUCACAAGAUUUCGUUGUGUUGCAGCCACAGUAACUAUCUACAUUUUAUACAUCGGUAUGCAUGUUCCUGUUUAUCUUUACCCCAGAAUAAAAUGGAUAGAAACUAUAUUACCGUCAGGAAACACGACUAAGGGAAUAUCAGAAAGAAGU